GUGUUGACGUCGGACGUCGCACGCGGUCGCACGUCGCGUUCGCGGUGGUGUAGUGCGUUUUUGGUUUUAGCGAAGCCCCUUAACUUUUGAAUUCAUUUAUGUGUGAUUAAGUGCCAUCGAGUUUCAAUUCGAAGCGAAGAUUCUUGAGAGGAAAUACCCGGAAAACGACUGAACUGACGGUUCAUGUUGUUAUCGGUGGUGUUUUCCUCACAAUCAUAAGAAGCGGCGGCGGCGACACUUUCUCACUCAGCAUCUAUCUACCUUGGCUGUGGCUGUGGCUGCGACGGACGACAACGGGGGCGUACUAACGACAAGGAGUACAAGGAGAAGAACAUGGAGCAGCUCUCGGACGACGCGGUGCUGCAGGUGCUGCGGUUCCUGGACGUGCCCUCGCUCUUGACGUGCCGCCUGGUGUGCAGGAGACUCGGGGACCUUGUGCUGCACCCCGAUGCGUGGCUGCAUCGAGAGGUCGGCGCGGCCCGCAGACCCUGCAUGUGUUCGGUGCUGCGCCUGGCGCCGUGUCUCCGACGGUUAGACACGACGUCAGCAAAAAUCACUGCGAACAGCUGCCUCCCGGCGGCGUUAGCUUCGACCAGGUGCGCCGUAGCCGAAUUGCAACUAUGGGUGCAUAACGACGUAGAGGCUGGCGUUGCCACUGCGCUGAUACUUAGGCAGGCGGGACUUGGCCGGCUGAGGUGCCUUGGAGUCUCGCUUGGAGUAAAUAUCGAGGAGAGAGUCUCCGCGUCUAUGAUCUCCAUGUUCCUGGCAGCUGUGGCGUCUACGCGUGGCUGGAAAGAGAUAGAUAUAAGUAUGAUUCGUACAGUUGUCCCAAGUUUUCGAACCACGGCCUCUGUCGCUCUUGGCAGCGCCGUGACGACUCCAUCUCUGAAGAAUUUCCGGUGUGACCGCAUCCCGGGGGCUGAGCCGUUCGUGCUCUUCAUGCUGGCCGGGCACGCCGACACUCUCGAGACUGUGGACCUCGGACCGUCCCCGCCCAACAUGUUCGCGGCCUCCAUUGCGCCCCUUCUGGCCGGCAUGGCGCACCUCCGGGAGCUGUCGUGCUGCAACCUCCGCGGACUGGAGGCCCUGACUGGCUGCCAGUCGCUCCGGAUCCUGCGCCUCGGCGUCAGCAGACAUGAGUAUCCUCCGGUCGACCGGGCUGCCUGCGCAGGAGCCGCCAAACUCCUUCGUCACGCCGAGCACCUGCGGAAACUGACGCUCGGCGCUGUCCAAGCUAACGCCGGCGUGGUGGUGGACCUCAUCUGCGCCCUGGCCGCGUCCGGACGCUCCCGUCUGGAGUGGCUAACAAUUUCAACGAUUGUGACCGGUCCCCAUGUGCAAGCGCUGAUCCGUGCACUCCCUGGGCUGCCGGCCCUGCAGUUUCUGGAGGCUCGUGUGGACGUGAAGCAGGACGUCGACGACCUUGUGCUGGCCAUCACCCCCAUCACUGCACCCGCCUUGCAGAGAGUUGAACUUGAGCUCGAUUUUACAAAAGGCAAGGUGUGCGUUCAUGCCUGGUUCCACGGCGACGCGUUCAAGACCCUCAUGGAGCGAAACCCCCUUCUCCAUUUCAUUCUACGAGGCGAGAUGUACUGCGGGGACAAGUUUUGUCAGGCAUGCGCGAAAGGUUGCCAUGCAGCAGUACUACAGGAGAGUAGUCUUUUCUCUAACUAUUUCCUGUUCUGCCAUGAUCCGGAAAAAAAAUGUUCUGUUGAUCACAGUCUUAAACUCGGUGACGGCUGGGGCCACUGGGUCCAUACGGACUGACAAGCCUGUGUUAUCUAAUAGUUUAAUCUUAUCUAGUAAUUUAAUUUCUGUUUCCUUCGAUUCAAGUUUUGUUUUCUUUCCCUUUUAUACCGGCAUAGAAAUUAAAUUUUGCCUUUAGAAUAUUUGCAGCAAUAAAGGAUGAGCUCCUACAUUGUGGAGCCAUAAUCACAAAUAUCGCCAUUGCCCCAUCCCCAACACACUGCUCUUCAUUUCAAAAACAAUAGAGCGUAAUCGUUCCUGGCUUCACCGCUAGCUAUGCCUAGGAUUUUCAUUUUCAUUUCUGUGAGAGUUCUUCGAAAAAUCUGGCAUUUAUUGAACGCUCAAAAUGGCAAAUUUCACGUUUUGGACUUUUUCUCUGUAAGUCCCCAUAUUAAAGGUUAACGGCGCAGGGCAUCUUUUUCCCCCAUCCUAAUAAAAUCCAACAAAAUUCUAUUUAUAACCAUGGUAUGGUUCUGGACGUAGAACACUUUCAGAACUAGCUCGCUAGAUAUGUAAACACUUUUUUUGUCUAAACAGCCCUCUCUAGUGUGUCUAGUGUUGUAAAAAUACAAUUUAAAAUAUUGCAAAAUUACAAUCAACCUCCAGUAGCGCUAAUGCACUUCAAUGUGCUUUAGUUGCGGCAAUGCUCGUAGAAAUGCACAGAAAAGGUGACACAUUCCCAACGCAUUAUAUGCGCGUAAUCCGCACUAAGUGUGCAUUCAAUGCUUUGAAGCGCUUUAAAAGCGUAACCAAUGUGUCACCUUUUAUGUGCAUUUUUACGCGCAUUGAAGCAAUUGAAGAGCGU